AGUGCAGUGCAGUCGAUGCGGGUGUGUGUGUCCUAUAAAUAAGCCAUCGGACGCUGCACUACGCAGCAGGCGGUAGCCAGCCACAGCCACACACAACGACUGACCUACCCCAUGCUAUCUCUGCAUAUUUGCGUUCUUGAUCGCGCUCUUAUUACUCCUCACCGUCGACAUCACGCGCACGCAUCGAACUUUGUAUAGCAGCUAGAGCACCAGAGCCAGGAGCGGCGCGGCACGGGACAUGGUGAAGGGCGCGCAUUUCCAGGACGCGGCGGUCGACGGCGGCGCCGGCGGCAAUGCGGAGGCGGCGAUGCAGGGCGGCGCCAAGCGGCAGUACAAGGGCGUGCGGAUGCGGAGCUGGGGCUCGUGGGUGUCGGAGGUCCGGGCGCCCAGCCAGAAGACGCGGAUAUGGCUCGGCUCCUACUCCACCGCCGAGGCCGCCGCGCGCGCCUACGACGCCGCCCUGCUCUGCCUCAAGGGCUCCGCCGCCGCCGACCUCAACUUCCCCGUGCACCUCCCCUUCCACGUCCCCGCCGCCGCCGCCAUGUCGCCCAAGUCCAUCCAGCGCGUCGCCGCCGCCGCCGCCGCCGCCAGUGGCGGCGCCACAUGCAGCCCGCCGCAACUGCAAGCCGGCGCCGCCGCGUCGGCGCCCUACUCGGCCGGCGGUGGCGCCGGCGCCACUCCUCCGUGCAGCUACGGCGACGCGUCGUCGUCGUCUGGCGUUAGCUCCCCGGAGACCGGCCGGAACGCUGGCCUGUGCUACGGCACGGCGCACUACGACGACAUGGACAUGGACUUGGCGGGCGACGCCGACGCGGACCUCGCCGCGCUCGCGGACAUCGAGGCCUUCUUCCAGUCGCCUAAGUGCAUGGAGUACGCCAUGAUGGACCCGUGCAGCACGUUCUUCGCACCGGCGCCCGUGGCUACGGACGCGGCCAGCGAGUGGGCGGAGGAAGGCGAGAUCGACCUCUGGAGCUUCUCGUCCCUCAACUGAUCCAACCAUCGUCAGCUCCUCCACAGACAUCAGUUUAGAGGUGAAGCAAAAGCAAGCCUCACGUGAUCAUCGUCCAUCCACUCAACACUUAGCGAUUAAUUACAGCUGCAACCUACGUGAUCAAGAAUUGGUCACGGUAUAAAUAAGCAUUAAGGAUUAAUUGAUUCAUACUAGUAUUAGUUAGUUAUUUUACUAUACUACUAGUGUCUCAUGGAGCUACAUGUUUUAAGGCAGCUUUCCAUGGAGUCAACGACCUCCCCUCAGUUGCAUUGCAUGGCAUGCUAUGGGUAGGGGUAGGAAGCUGUGUGUUUCUGCAAGUGCAAGUAAUGGAUUAUAAAUUAUGAUGAUGUACUCCUA